AUGUUCGUGGGUGCGCUCCCGCGCUGGCGUCUGUGCAGGCGCCAGGGCACCGCCGAGUGCGCGGGACGCUCCACGCGUACCCGAGGAGGCGCUGUUUUGUUUGCUUGCGGAGACGAUGCAAGUGUGUCCAGCAGACUGGCUCUAGUCUCGAACGGUCUGCCGGGCCGUAUGGCGCUGGAAGUCGCCCAGGCAGCUCUGCGACGGGGUCUUGAGCUGGUCCCGUUCUCGCUCACUGGUGAGCGCACUGCAACCGCCGCCGUGGAGUGCACCGCUCGUGACGACACUACCGGAACGGAGCGCAGUGUCCAGGUGCAGCUGGUUCGUCCAGCCGAGCGCGCACAACUGGCUACCAAGUUGAAGAAGGAAUAUCCGAACGUAAUCUGUGUUGACUUUACCCAGCCGCAGGCGGUAAUUCCGAACGCAGCCUGGUACGUCGAGAACGGGUUCGACUUCGUCAUGGGCACCACUGGCGGUGAUACUUCAGCGUUGUACCAGAUGGUAGCGCGCAGCGCUCGCUACGCCGUCAUCGCACCGAACAUGGCGAAGCAGAUUGUUGCCUUUCAAGCCUUGGUGGAGCUGCUGGGGCGCGAGUUUCCCAACGCAUUCCGAGGCUAUCGACUCGAGGUCAUCGAGUCGCAUCAGGCAUCCAAGCUGGACACAAGUGGCACUGCUAAAGCAGUAGUAGCCUCCAUGCUGCAAAGCUGGGGAAUUACAGGCUUUGGCGGUGAACAGGAUAUUCAGAAGAUUCGCGAUCCAGCGUUGCAGGUCUCGCGCAUGGGUGUUCCGGAGUCGUGCCUGCAAGGCCAUGCUUUUCACACGUAUCGCUUGACAAGUCCAGACGGCAGUGUGCGGUUCGUAUUUCAGCACAACGUAUGUGGACGUCGAGUCUACGCUGAAGGCACGAUUGACGCAGUGUGUUUUCUCGAUCGGCAGCGCCGGGCUGGUGCCGAUCAGAAGAUCUACGACAUGAUCGACGUACUACGUAGCGGUGGUAUGUUAUAG